AUGAUAAAGCACCAGGCACCACAUGUACAGGUUAAUAAUGCUAAUGGGGGGUAUGGCUAUCAAGAUACUCGGAUGCAGUUGUAUUCACCUGUUAAUACUCUGGAAGAGCAAACUAGGCAAUUUUCUCUAAAUAUUCCUCGUGCAAGGGAAGAAACUCUCUCCAGACAUUCUAUUUUGAGCCCGAAUGGACUUCGUGGACAACACCCAGCUCCUACCUUCAAUGUUGCGGUUCGUUAUCCAAGCAAUAUAGAUUUGUCACCAGUGGAAAUCCCAAGGGAGAAGAAGCUUCAUUUGUUGGAGAAUGGUGCUUCAGUUGAAAAAAUUAGCAGCAACUUAGAACAUGAAAAACCAAGUAAACCCCCCCCUAUUCAGAUGGAGAUUAUAAGACAGCCCUCCCCACCUCCUGUUUUAGCUGAAGUCCAAGAUUUGAUUCCUACAGCAUCACCUCCAGUCACUGAUGCAGGGCCUGCUUCCUUAAAAUUAAAUUCCACUGAUGGUGUCGUUGUUUCUGAAUCCCCCCUCGAUCAUGUUUCAACAUUGGAAAAAGCGAUUGCAUCCGCGAAGGUGACAAGGGAACGAGCAUUGAGAAAUUGGGUCUUUGAUGAAACUGCUGGAAACAUUCAUAGGGAGUUUGGAUCUGGCUAUCCUGGAGGUAAUCAGUGUGCGUCCAUUUAUGACAUUCACCAAUAG